CAAGUCCCCCCCCCCCCUCGCCUCCUCCCCUCCCCACAGUCAAAGACGACCGCGUGUCGACGUUGAUGUGGCUGACGUCUCCUUUAAGAAAACGGAAGUGAGCCUUGCGGGUCCGCGGGCAGGAAAUGCUUCGCAAAGCGAGCACGAGCGUGAUCGGCGCUUCACGGGCUAAGUUGUCGGCGCACUUGCACGAAAAUGCGCCUCGCUUGACGCCGCCGCCAGCGUCCAGGGAGCGGCCGCCACUCUGCCCCCGCGGGCGGGCUCGCGUGACACCCGCACGCUCGAUGUGAUUUCCGCCCGAGGUCGGCACGCAGCGUUCCGGGCCUGCUCGCCCAACACUGAGGAGGUAUUUCUCUCUCUUCUCUCCUUUUUUUUUUUUUUUUCUUCCCUGCCUUCACCCCCGCUCCACCUCCAACGUCCCUCCCUCCGUCCCUCUCCGGCCAUGAGGGAAUACAAAGUGGUCGUUUUGGGCUCGGGCGGCGUCGGUAAAUCGGCUCUGACGGUUCAGUUCGUGACGGGCUCCUUCAUCGAGAAGUACGACCCCACCAUCGAGGACUUCUACCGGAAGGAGAUCGAGGUGGACUCGUCCCCGUCCGUGCUGGAGAUCCUGGACACGGCCGGCACCGAGCAGUUCGCCUCCAUGCGGGAUCUGUACAUCAAGAACGGGCAGGGCUUCAUCCUGGUCUACAGUCUGGUCAACCAGCAGAGCUUCCAGGACAUCAAGCCCAUGAGGGACCAGAUCAUCCGGGUCAAGAGGUACGAGAGGGUGCCCAUGAUCCUGGUGGGCAACAAGGUGGACCUGGAGGCCGAGAGGGAGGUGUCCUCGGGGGAAGGCAAGGCCCUGGCCCAGGACUGGAACUGCCCCUUUAUGGAAACCUCGGCCAAAAACAAAGCCUCCGUGGACGAACUCUUCGCGGAAAUUGUCCGACAGAUGAACUACUCGACAGUUCCGGCCGGAGGUGACCAGUGUUGUUCUUGCGUUCUGCUCUAAAAAUCAAUCAACAAGUAAAAAAAAAAAAAAAAACAUGGAAAAGAGAAAACCACUCACAAUCACAUAGUUGUGCUUUUUUUUCCUUUGUUUUUUUUUUUUUAGAUCAUGCCUUUUUACUUCUAAAGUAUCUCUACUCACACUGUUGUCUUGUAGUUUUCGCACAAACGGACAACAGUGGGUUGAUGUAAAAUAGUUUUGGGUUGCAAAGGGCUUGAGGAAUCACUGGAAACUUUUCACGAGAUUUAACUAGGAAUUUAAGGUCUUUUUUUUAUUAUUAAAAGCUUUCAAACAUAAACGUAUCUCUUCAAAAGUAAAAGCUCUCCUUCCCCACACGGGAGGGCAUAACACAAGACAAACUGUCGAGUUUUGACUCGGAAAAAACUCACAAUUUGGGGGCACUUCGAAUUUCAGGUUGCACUUGUUUGAAUUGUGCUUGUUUUUGUGAAUGUCAAAACUGCAAAUACGCAGGAUGAAGCGCUUUUAACACGUGACCUUCAAAUGUGUAAACUUCCUCAUUCUUCCCGUUAAUUCCCAUGGAACGUUUCCAAAUUUGGAUUUUUUUUGCAACCCUAAUAAUAAUCUGGAAAUGUGUUUACAUAACAAAGUACUUGAAUGUUUUUGGGGACUUUUUCUUUUGACAUUUUUCUGCCAAAUAUAGCUUUCUUUGUAUAAUA